AUGUUGUGCAGCCUCAACUUCAUGUUCAGAGAGGGCUGUUUUGUAGCUGUGUAUGAGGACUCAAAGGACCAGUCAAACUCCGAGACCACAGAAGACGAAGGUGGAGACCACAUUGAGACCAAAGAAGGAAGCAGAGGUAUUCAGAACCAGGCUAUGCAUGCAGGGGACAGAAUGAUGGACAGCUGGGGCAAAGGACUUCAAGACAUCUCCAAGCCCUCCAGGAGCCAAUCUGAAAAUGUUUUGAGGGAAUCCUCCCCACAAGUCCUCCCAUCCCUCUCCCCCAGAAUUAUUAAAUGCCCCUCCACUUCUCCAAUGCCAAGCUGCUCUGGAUCAGCCCCGAACACACCCCUCACACCCCGCAAGACACAUUUUGUACCAACCGACUACCAAGACACAAUCCCUGCUGAAUUUGAGGAAAUGUUAAGACAUCCAAAAUUAUCUGCCAUGUCUCAAAGCAGCACUCAGAAUUCCCUUACUCAGACACCUGUCAGUGUCAACGAGUGCUCCCACAAGGACUACCAGCCUAGGCAGUCCCUAAAACUGACCAGAGCAAGAUCCAAGAUCUUUGAGAAGGUGCGCGGUUUUGAAGAGCGAAGGCGACAUUAUGGCCAUGAAGGCUCCAUCUCGGGAUGGUCCUGGGCCGGGUUCAACUACACUGGGUCUGUCGACUCAGACGAUGGAGGGAACUGGUUGGGCAUCUCCAGAGGGAGUUCGAGGGAAGACCUACUAGAGGCUCUGAAGGAGGACGCUGCUGAACGGAGGUCCAAUUUCAGACAGAAGGCUGCGUCCUUAGAGGACUGCAGGCCCCGUACCACCCAGAAGGUCCAGGAAUUUGAGAACAAGUUCACUGAAGAGCCUCAACGAAUCAAGAAGCUUGUGGGUAAAGCUCACAUGAAGAAGUCCUUCUCCAUUGGGCAGCUUUCACUCAGGGCAAGAGGCAGGCAGCCUUUGAGGAAGAUUGAGCCCCUCCCACCGCAAAUUCUCCAGAAGCUCCAGGAAAGGGAGCGAGCCCAUCAGGAGAAGGAGCAGAAAAAGGUGGUGCCACCAAAAUCACCACGACUGCACCUACAAGCACGGCAAGACCAGCCUUCGCCCCAAACCCACGAGAUUGAGGGCCCCUCCAUGAGUAACAUAACAGUCAGUAGAUUGGGAGAAGUAGCAUUCGCUCCAGAAUCUAUGCAACUGGCUGACUUAUCGAGACAGAGGCCAACAAGACAGGUAAAUCCAGUCAGUCCAAUCAAGGAGAUCCUUCAGAGGUCUCCAUCACCAGUUGUUCAGAGGGUAUGUCAUAUGCAAGAGUCUCAGCACAUCCAAGAAUCUCCUGCACAAAAGUCCCCAAAGGAAGAAUCGUCAGGAAGAAAAACACCUGUAGAGGUAGCCUUAAGAAAAGUAGAGUAUAAACCAGAAAGUCCAUUGGUACAGAAAAAGCCUACCGUUGUACAAGAGCAUCCAAUACAACCUCUGCAAAAACCUCCAUGGCUGGUUACCUCUUCAACAAAUAUUCCAGUCUCCCCAUCUGAGGAAAAAAUGGAAGUGGAAUUAAUCAAGCCAGCCCGCAAGGUAAUCAUACCUACCAUCAUUGUCAAAGAAGAGCCCAUGGAAGAGGAAGCUCCUCCAGAGACUGCCAAGUCUAAAGAGGUGACCAAUGUGAAAGAAGGCCAAACACAGAAGACCUGGGGGAAGGGUCGCUGCGCUAGGCCCAUGUCUCCAGAGUUAGAUUCUUCAGACGACUCUUACGUGUCUGCUGAAGAGGACCCCUUGGAGGCCCCUAUGUUUGAGUUUCCUCUUAAGGACACUGUGGCAACUGCUGGUACUGAGGUCCUGCUGAGAGUCAUCAUUGCUGGCACUCCUCUCCCAGAAGUUACCUGGAGGCGAGACAAUAUUGAGAUCACUAACAGCCCAAACUAUGGGGUCAAAGUGGAGGGAGAGCGGUAUUCACUUCUCAUCAAAUGUGCAAAACCAAGUGAUGCUGGAAUGUACUGUGUGACAGCUGCCAAUGAGGCUGGGAGAGCAUCUAGCAGUGCCACCCUUUCCAUAAAACCAGAGGAGCGGCCCAUGGAUCCCACCCCAAUACUCCCGGCCUUCUGCCUGGUGGCGCCGGUAGUAUGGGAGCUGGAUGCGGACAUUGAGUGGGCGUUAAGUGCAGAGCCCUCUCCCCUCCAGUGUCCCGCUGGGCGUCUGUACAUUCCGUCUACUUUCUGUGACCGGUUGAUCUAUUGGGCCCACAUGUCACCUUCCUCUGGUCAUCCAGGCAUCGGUCGGACGGUGUGCUGUCUGAGUGGGAAGUACUGGUGGCCCACCUUGGCAAAGGACGUGAAGGUUUAUGUUUCCUCCUGCUCAGACCGGCCAGGGGAGGACCGGCUCUGCCACUCCUGCACCAACCUCUCACCCUUCCAGUGCGUACUAGGGUACCAGCCAGUUCUGGUGCCUAGGCAUCAGAGUCAGACCGAGGCUCCUGCUGUGGACAACUGGUUCAGGCGCGAGGAAGAGACCUGGGACGCCACCCAUGUACACCUCCAGCGGGCCGUGCUGCGCCAGAAGGCCAGCACAGACCGUCACAGCAAGCCCAUGCAGGAGCCGCAGGGGAACCUGGGUGUUCUUAGGGACAUCAACAGCCCUAUCACAUCUGAUGAAGAGUACCUCAGCCCACUGGAGGAAGGCAUGGAUUUUGGAGGGCCUGAGACAAGGAAGAUAGUCGACACACGAUUCAAGGAGCCCCCUGCAUUCCAGGAUGACCCGAGGAGGGAAGAGUAUGAGCCCACCGAAUCAGCUUGUCCCGGACCACCCUCGGCACGUACUUGGUCCCUACUGGACAGUUCGGAGGAGCCGGCUCUGACCGUAACUAUGAAUGAUCAAGCGGUCAUUGAGGGGCAAGAAGUGACCAUGUCUGUCCGACUAAAUGGACAGCCCAAACCCAUGCUUUAUUGGCUGAGGGACAGGGAAACGAUAAAAACAGACUUGCACCACACAAUGUGUGAGACCAAGGACGGCACUUUUGAAAUGACCAUCAACUCUGCUCAGAAGUCGGACACGGGAGUGUACACCUGCAAGAUCAUCAAUGAGUAUGGAACAAAGCAGUGCGCAUGCAAACUGGAGGUGAAAGUGCCACCAGUGGAGCCAGGCCUAACAAUUAUCCGUCCAGUGAUGGACAUCACAGCGGACGCAGGUGAGACUGUUAUGUUAGAUUGCCACAUAAUUGGACCACUGGACACAGACGUCGAUUGGCUUGCAGAUGGUAAACUAAUCCAGCCAUCUCUGCUCAACUGCAAAAUGCAUUUUGACGGGAAAAGGUGCAUGCUGCUCCUCAACUCAGUGCACGAGGACGACAGUGGCACCUAUAUGUGCAAGCUGACCUCUGCCAAAGAGGAACUGACUUUAAGUGGCCAACUCAAAGUCAUCCCUUCCAUCAAGCCCCUUUUCACCCGCAAGCUGGAUGCCUUAGAGGUGAUUGAGGGACGUAACGCCCGCUUUGACUGCAAGGUCAGCGGAACACCACCUCCAAAAGUCAGCUGGAGACAUUUUGACCAUACACUGGUAGAGAGUGACAAUGUGCAGAUCUUACAAGAGGGAGGACGUCACUCCCUCAUAAUCUCUCAUGUCACCAACGAAGAUGAGGGCUUCUACACAGUCAUCUCUUGCAAUCCACACGGCGAUGCCGAGAGUGCCGCUGAACUCUAUGUCCAGGAGCCCAAACCUGCUAUGUCAUCUCAAAUGGUGAAGCUAGAGAAGAUGCCGUCCAUCCCGGAGGAGCCUGAGGUGCUGGUCAACGAGGUUGAGCGCUUCAUCAUGCCUGACUUUGUCAAUCCACUGUACGACGUGGACGUGAUUGAGGGCAAGGAGGCCGUGCUCAAGUGCAAGGUGGCCGGCCUGCCGUACCCCACAAUCGUUUGGUUCCACAAUGGCAAGAAGAUCGACAGCAUGGAGGACAGGAAAUUGACAGAGUUCAGAGACAUCCACAGCCUGGUCAUCAGCUCUGUCUGCCAUGCUCACGGAGGGGUGUACAAGAGUGUCAUCUCCAACAAGGUGGGCAAAGCCACUUGCUAUGCCCAUCUAUUUGUGACUGAUGUUCUUCCAGACCCUCCAGAUGGGCCCCCAGUAAUAGAGGCGGUUACUGGCAAGACUAUCACCCUGAGCUGGAAGAAACCCCGGAGGCUGGAUCCCUCUAUUGAUCCCAACACGUUGAUGUAUGCCAUCCAACAACAAGCACUGGGCUCGAUCCAGUGGACCAUCAUAGUGUCCAGUCUGAAAGACCCUUGCUAUACAGUGACCAGCUGCUCCAAAGGAGUCUGCUAUGCCUUCAGGGUCCUGUCAAUCACCACCAAGGCCUUUAGCAAACCCUCUCCGUCCACAGACCCAGUGCAACUUGUCAACAGAGGUCCAUAUCUUCAGGAGGGUCCGGUGAUCAUUGAUAAGCCAGACAUAGUCUAUGUCCAGGAGAACCUGUCAUUCAGCAUCACCAUCACUCUGAACCACGUCAACGCUUCAGUUAUCUGGAAGAGUGGAGUGGUCCUUGCAAUCAAACCUGGGCUGUAUGAGAUGAGUAUGCCUGAUGAUGACCAGCACUCUCUGAAGAUCAUGAGGGUGAAGAGUGGGGAUGUGGGUCAACUGAUGUGUGUUGCCUCCAACAAGUUUGGCGUCGACUCCUGCAUCUUUAGUGUGGAAAUGGCAGCACCACCAACCUUUGAGUCCAUCAUGGAGGAUGUGGAUGUGCACAUGGGGGAGACACCUUGCUUGGCUGUGGUUGUGGAGGGCAAGCCCAUUCCCGACAUCCUUUGGUUUAAGGAUGAUACAUUGUUGUGCGAGAGUGGUCACAUCACCUUUGUGUAUGAUGACAACGAAUGCUCCCUUGUGCUGCUCAACACAAGUCCAGAAGAUUCAGGGGUGUAUACCUGCACAGCCAAGAACCUGGCUGGUUCUGUGUCCUGUAAGGCUGAGCUCACCGUGCACACAGGUAAGCCUUGGGAAGACAAGGAGGAUACAAUGGAGGACGAGGAGACCGUUCUCAGGAAGAUGCGCCGGCUGACUGACUACUAUGACAUCCACGAGGAAAUAGGGAGAGGGGCUUUCUCCUAUGUGAAACGAGUGACGCAGAAGGUUGGUAAAAUGGAGUAUGCUUCCAAGUUCAUCUCUGCCCGAGCCAAGAGGAAGGCCUCUGCUCUGAGAGAGAUGAAACUACUAUCUGGGCUGGACCAUGAGAGAGUCCUGUAUUUCCAUGAUGCCUUUGAGAAGAAGAACGCAGUCAUCAUUGUCACAGAGAUAUGCAAUGAGGAGUUGCUGGAGAGGUUAACAAAGAAAUCUACAGUAAUGGAGUCAGACAUCCGCUCCUGCAUGAGACAGUUGCUGGAGGGUGUGGAUUACCUUCACCAUCAAAACAUCAUCCAUCUGGAUAUCAAGCCUGAUAACAUCCUCAUGGCAGACCACCAUGGUGAUCAUAUCCGCAUCUGUGAUUUCGGAAACGCCAUAGAGCUCACACCCGACGAGGCUCAGUACUGCAAAUACGGCACACCAGAAUUUGUUGCCCCAGAAAUUGUCAACCAAACUCCUGUGUCCAAGGCAACUGACAUCUGGCCGAUUGGAGUCAUUACAUAUCUGUGCCUGACUGGAGUGUCUCCGUUUGCUGGAGAGAAUGACCACAGAUCCGUGCUCAACAUCAGGAACUACAAUGUGGCCUUUGAGGAGAGUAUGUUCACUGACCUGUGCCGAGAAGCCAAGGGAUUCAUCAUCAAACUGCUGGUGGCAGACAGACUGAGGCCUGAUACAGAAGAGGGUCUCCGUCAUCCAUGGUUCAAGACCCUUACCAAGGGGAAGGCAAUAAGCACAGAGACCCUCAAGAAGUUUGUGGCUCGCCAAAAGUGGCAGCGGUCCCUUAUCAGCUACAAAUCCAAAAUGGUCAUGAGGUCAAUCACUGAGUUGCUGAAUGACUCAUCCAGCCACAUCUCCAUCGCUGUUCCCAGACAUCUCAAAGAGGGCUCACCCCCACCAUCAUCGUCCUCUGACUCCGACGAAGAUAUUGACAGGCUGCCCUUCAUUCCAAUGCCACUCAGUAUGGAGUUCUCCGGAUCAAGAAUGUCUCUAAACGAGAUCCAGGAAGGCAAAGGACGGUCAAAUGGCACUAUUGAAAGUUCAGGGUCAGCAGUCACCCAUGGCCAAGAGGCGAUGGAGUGUGAAUCCAUGGGGAAAGAGAAAGAGGCUGGAGAUUCCACAGGUAGGGGGCGCGCCAGGAAGAGGUUGACGCAAGAAAAUGACAAGGGGUCCUUGGAUGAGGAGUUGGCAGACUUGGCGCAAGUAUCUGAGAAUGCUAGAAGGCCCUUGUGCAGAGGCUCGAGCUUGGAGUUGGACAAGCAAGAGGGUGGACCCAGAAGGGGGCAGCUGCAUAGAGGGGGCUCUGCUGACAGUGCGCUGCUACUCCACAUCGUUCCAGAAGAUAGAGCAGAUGACGAAAUCACUGAAAAAGGCGGACAAGUCCUCAGAAAGGCGGUAUCCAUGGAGUUCCCUAGGAGGAGCGUGAGUCCAGGUCCUCUGAGUCAAGAGGACUAUGCUCACAAACUGGAGCUGAUGAGGCAGAGGUUGCUCCGAGGUGGCUCUGUGUACAAGAAAAUGAGCGGCCUGCGAGGACCCCUGCUGGAGACACUGGGUAUGGAUGAUGGAAAGUGGCGGUCGUCGUUGCUGGAGUGCUACUCGCGCACUACCCGCUUAUGGGUUCCUCCAUUAACCAAGGCAGUCUCAAGCGACGAGCCCAGAGUGGAUGUGCUCAAACCCAAAUUCCUUCGCAAGAGCGCCUCCUUCAGUCAAGGAGAUGAUGCAGAGCCCGUUCCCCUGCACCGACGCACCGGGGUACCACUGGAAAUCCCACUGGCUCAGAUAGAGGAGCGAAGGCUAAAGGAGGCCAUAUCCAUGUCUGCUCUCACUGAGCCAUUCAAUAAUGACUCCUGUCCCGUGACUCUCAUGGAACCUACCCCUAAACUUCCCACACCAAGCUCAGUGCCUAGGGAACAUGAGACAAAAACUAAGAUGGAGGAAGAGGACUCAUCAAUAGACAAGGAGAUGAAGACUGAGAAGUCCAUUCAUGAAAAAACGAUGAUGGAACCAGAGUACACGGACCCGAGGGAGCCUAUCCCUCCUUGGAGGGAGUAUAGCCCUCCUGUGAGGGUUCUUAAAUUAGAGGAACAAAUGAAGAAAGAUAAAGAAGAGAUUGAGGAAAAUGAGACUGUUCCUGUUGUUGAAGAAAAAGCUAGGGAAGUUGAAGAAGUACACAAAGAAGUACAAAAAGAAGUAAAAAAAGUAGAAAAGGAACUGAAGGCACAAGUGAAAUCUUCUAAGAUGGUCAUUACUACAAGUUCUAAUAGGGUCACGCCAGCACCAGCAUCUUCAAGGGCACCAGCACAUGUUAUGACUCCCUCUCCACCUGCCCUAACUGUGCUCCCAGAUGGUAGGACCUCUGCGUACACUAGUAUAAUGCAGACCAUCAUGGUCCCCUUGCUUCAGCCCCUAGUUAGCCCCCCGUUAGCAGACUCCACCCCUGUGGUUGUUCCAGUCCCUGUGCAAGCCCCAUUUCUAGCACCAACAUUUAUAAACACACCUACAUCUGUCCCGGGCCCAACAAAGCCAGUCACUCUGCUAUCCACACCAGGGGAACAGCCUGCAGUCUAUUCAAGGGUGGCAUCCCCCGAGCCCAAGGAACCGAGUCCACCCAAGGUUUCCCCAUGCACUACACCCCAGUCUGAGCUCUUGCCAGUGGGACAAAUCCUCUACGGCAUUGCCUCUGAGGAAGUAUUUGAGGCCCGCUUCAAAAAGCGUGAGUAUUCUCUAACGCGAGGCCUGCAGCUUCUCAACUGGUCAAAGCCUGAGAAUAAACCAGUAGCCUCUUUGGACUCUGCCAAGUCAGGCGAAGAUGUAUACCGCCCUCGGCCCAUUGGAGCGCCGUUUGUGUUUGUCCCCAGGAGACUGGAGGAGAAAUCUAAGUCGGUGCAGGAUCUCUGUGAGACCCAGAAGGACGAAGGCUUUAUGAGAAGGCUUUCCAUGCAUCUCAAGAGGACUCCUUCAACCGAAAGCAAGGAAGAAAAGCCCAAGGAGGAAGAACCAGUGACUCCCAGGCGCCGGCUCUCCUGGGCUCUCCGCAGCCGAAGAGGAUCCCAUUCCCAGGAGAGGAAGGAGGUGGAGACGAUGAGGAUGGAUGGGGGAAUAGAAGCCGAGGUGGAGCAGGAGGACAAGGAGCCGGAAAAGCCCAACGAGUCACCGGUUAUGGCCAUGCGUCGGAAGAUCGAAUCGACGGUGUCCAGGAUAUCCAGGAGGAUCCGCAGCGCCUCGGAGGAGCGAAGGAUAGCGUCCGAGGAAAAGGAAUCCAACAAGCCAGAGAGCAAGAAGACACCCCUGUUCUCCAUUCUGCACAGGUCGACUUCUGAGGGACGUAUCCUAAAGAGUAUGGCUGGAUCCGGUAUCCCUCAAAACCAGCUGGCUUCUCAGUCAGGCACCGGAACCUCCUCAGAGUCCAUGGAAUCUAUGUUCAGCAUCAAGUCGGAGAGAGCAUCCAAGGCAGGGGCAGAGGUAGGAAGGAGGUCCCGAUGGGACCGUUGGGGCCUAACCAGAGCUAGCAAGAAGGGCAAGAUGGUAUCGGAGUCUCACAUCCCCACGGCUAUUGCCAGAGAGAAUGACACCCUAAGCUCCUGCUUGUACACCAGACUGGCAUCUGACUUCCCUCCCGUGUUCCACAUCAAGUUGAGGGACUACACCCUGCUGGAGGGAGAUCCCAUCACCCUUAGCUGUCUCCCAGCUGGCAGCCCCCAUCCACACAUCUCCUGGAUGAAAGAUAAGAAGCCUCUGCAGAUUGACACCAGAAUGAACAUUAUCUCCUGUCCUGAUGGCAGGCAGCUGCUGAUGAUCAUGACAAUCACAAAGAAGGAUGCAGGGCUGUAUGAGUGUGUGGCAACAAACCUUCUAGCUUCGGUCUCCAGCUCCUGUAUCCUCUCCCUCGCUCGUUUACCCAAUCGUCCUGGGACUCCUGAGGUUCCCCAGCGCUAUAAGAACACUGCCCUAGUCCUCUGGAAGCCCUCAGACAGUAUGGCCCCCUGCACCUACUCUCUGGAGAGAAAAGCAGAGGGUGAGUCAUGCUGGCUCAUCGUGGCCACAGGAGUGGCUGACUGCUACUACAAUGUGGUUGACUUGCCAGGAGAGGGCGUCUUCAGGUUUAGAGUGGCGUGUGUGAACAAGGCAGGCCAAGGACCCUACAGUAACCUCUCAGAGGUAGAGUGCCUGGACGCUUCAGUGCCAACAAAAUGCAGUGGAUCAGUCGUUGUGAAGACAGUCCCUGCAGCACCAGUGGUCAAAACGUCAACAAUGACAGUCCCCUCCUUGAAGCCUGCGCCUAGUAAAGGGGUGCACCCCGCCCCAUCUUCUGCCCCAUUCAGAGAGACCCCGUCUGCCUCCGCUUCCUCUUCUGCUGUACCACCGGCCAAGCCUAUCGCUACUAUCCCCGCCUCUAAACCUAUUGAUUCCAAACCCAUAGUCCCUCAGACCCCAACCAGCGCUGCUUCCGCCCCCAUGAUUAUUAGUGAGGUCCCAUCCUACCUGGCCAUCCCUGAGAUCCAAAGCCUGCUUCCGGCUCAGCAAGCCCCAGCCCCGGCCAAAGCCAAGACCCUCAACAUCAACGUCACGAAACCUACACCGUCUCAACCAGCAAUCAUAACCAAGCUCACUCCCCCUAUCGUUCUUCCCAAACCCCAGAGUCCCGUCAAUAUCGUCUCGCCCAUGAUUAAGACCCCGCCCCCACUUGUGGCCCCUCUGCCCGCCGUCUGUAAACCCAUUUUGUCUGUGCCCAUGUAUGUACCAAUACUGGCUGCCUCACCACGCGUCACACCCGCCAUCUCAUCCCCAGUCAUGCUAAUUUCCAGCACGAGUCCAGUAGGGGAGGGUGGGGUUACACCCACACGUAUGACGCCGUCAGGAUGCAGAACGCCCUUGGGUGGACGACCUAGUGAGAGCACCCUGCGCCAGGGAGUGCCCCAGAAACCAUACACCUUCAUGGAUGAGAAGGCCAGGGGCCGCUUCGGCGUGAUCCGAGAAUGUAGGGAGAACGCCACAGGCAACCUGUUCAUGGCUAAGAUCGUGCCCUACGAGACAGACAACAAACAGACGGUGCUGCAGGAGUACAACAUCCUCAAGUACCUCCACCACAAUAAGAUCAUGGCUCUGCACGAGGCCUACAUCACGCCCCGCUAUCUGGUGCUCAUCUCAGAGUGCUGCAGUGGGAAAGAGCUCAUCUACAGCCUUAUCGACAGAUUCCGGUACUCAGAGGAUGACGUGGUGGGCUACAUCAUUCAGGUUCUGCAAGGUUUGGACUACCUGCACAACCGCCGCAUCCUCCACUUAGACAUCAAGCCGGAGAACAUCAUCAUCACAUACAUGAACAUGGUGAAGAUCAUAGACUUUGGAAGCGCCCAGACCUUUGACCCACUCUUCCUCAAGAAGUUCAGCCCUCCUGUUGGAACUCUGGAGUAUAUGUCUCCCGAGAUGUUGAAGGGGGAUGUUGUGGGCCCUCCGGCUGACAUUUGGAGUGUGGGCGUGUUGACCUUCAUCAUGCUGAGCGGCAGGUUGCCUUUCAUGGAGAAUGAUCCACAGGAGACUGAAGCCAGAAUCUUGGCAGCCAAGUUUGAUGUGGGAAAACUCUACCAGAACGUGUCUCAAAGUGCCUCUCUGUUUUUUAAAAAGGUCCUCUGUAGUUACCCUUGGGCCCGUCCUUCCAUCAAGGACUGCUACAACAACUCAUGGCUCCAGGAUGCCUACCUGAUGCGGAUGCGGCGGCAAACCCUCACCUUUACCACCACACGCCUCAAGGACUACCUGGACAAGCAGCAGAAGCUGCGGGCGGGUGUGGCCACCAAGCACAAGGUCCUCCUUCGGUCGUACCAAAGCUCAUCCCUGUCCCCCACCAGCCCUAUACCCCCAUCUCCCAUGACACCGGUCACACAGUGAGCACGGCUUCAUAUGUCAAAUGCAUGAAGGCAGGAGCUGUUGCAUGAAAGGAGGUGCCUAAUCUAUAUGAGAAAGGUCCUAGGAUCGAGCCCCGAAUAACCCCCUUGGCCCUCUAACCUAUUGAGAUGAGUUGUGAGUUGAGCUUUUCAGACAAAUGGACAUAAAAUCACAAAAUCCAGCAAUGGUUUGAGAUAUUAUCAACCUCUCUGCCUCCACCAUAGAGUCCCUACAGAGAAUGUUCUUGUAAUGAGACAAUAACAGAAUAGUUCUUUGUGUAUUUCAUGGUGUGAUACAUGUUUCUCAAGGGCUGGAUGCCAGCUCAAAGUUCCAAACCUCUGCUCUCUCUUUUUAAUACUCACAAGCUAGUAAUUGUUUUAUCUAAACCUCUUGUAUCCAAGUAUCUUGUAUCUUCUCUUAACAUCUAGUACAUGUGUAAUUUUAUCUUCGAGCAUUUUCGAGCUAUAAAUACAGUGUAGAAGAUGUCCAAACUGAUGCGUAAAGGUGCAUAGCUUUCUGUAAGCAUGAACGAGGCCACUGUACAAUAUACUGUAGGCUACAAACACGAAGGAUUCUUUAGGCUACUUUCAGAUUGACGCUUUAUUCCUUUUAUAAAGCCAUAGUAUUUGCUUUACAUGUGUGCUCCUUUGCACUUUUUAUCGAUUGCCAUUUUUAUCCAUGCAUUUUCAUAAUUUCACCAUUCGUUUUGCUAUAGUUUAUCAUAUUAGAGGUUUCAUUAGUGAAUUAUCACUGAUCAAUGAUUUGGAGAAAACUAAACCAUGAUCGUUCUCCUAGCAUGUCACAUUCUUUCAUUUGGUAAUGUUUAGGCCUAUACUAAAGGUUAUUUACAAUACACGAUUACAAAUAAUAUAAAGACAACGCAUGUAAACAUCCAUGCAUAAAUAUCAACCCUGUCCAGGCCUGUUUGGUUAAAUGCAAUGCACCAUUCGGAGAUGCAAUUGGUAGUUACUCUGUAACUUAACAUGUUUCUGUUUCUACUCUGUGCAUUAGGGACUGUCAUUUGUAUUUAUACUGUGCAUUAAUUGUACACACAUCCAGAUACUUAGCUCGUUUGUGUGGUGACUGUCAGGGAUGGGAGAUUCUCUGAAUAUUUAUUACUACGGCUGUGGACAGAUCGAGGUUAUUGGGACAGUAGCCUAUUAUGUCUUAUAUCGCUGGGUAACAAACAACGGUUGUAAUGAUGAGAGUAUAAAACUAUUGACUAUAAUCUUAUGCUGUUUUCUGUUGAUUUAAACAGCUUGUGUCAUAAGGGGAGGUCCAAGGCAGGUUGGAUUAAUUUGCAUACAGGACGGGACCAGGGAAUCUGGUCACAAUAUUGAAUUGACGUUGUGGGCAGAUGAGAGACAUUUUAUUCCUAUGUGUAGGCGUAACAAAUCUCGAUCAGAUAUUGAUUGGGACAUCUUGAUUGGAUGACGACAACCACAUGUUAAUGCAAUGUGUAACCACAGCUUUUUACUGUAAGAAUGCAUAUGAUUGCAGACUAUUCAUCAGUUAUUCAUAAUGCAGGUCCUCACUUAAAUUAGGAUGAUGUUGGAGAAAGAAUGUAUUUUUGUUUUGGGUAUAUUGCCAAAUGGUUACUUACUCAGAAAAUAAAUAUAUGUAGGUGCAUGUCACAUCCACGCAGAUUAAGAAAAUGUUAAUUUAUGAAACUGUUAGGUUUCACCUUUUUUUUAAACAUUUUGUUAAUCGAUUAUACGUUUUGCUAUCUUCGUUAUCAAACAUUGAAACAGUAUAUAUAACAAAAUAUAUUUAUUGUGUAGAUAGAGUACCAGUUAAAAGUUACUUUUUUGGUUACUACAU